AUGGCACGUACCGCAAAUUUCUCAUGGGACACUCUCGGGCCCUUCAUAGUCUGGCAGUUCCUCAUACCCUACGCAGCGUCAUGGCUUCAAACAAUCCUCUACUCGAUCUUCAUCCGCGCUGGCGAACCCAAACCCAUGCCCGGUAGCCCACGCUUCAUGAAGCACCGCCGCCAAAUUCUUAUCGCAACCUACCUUGCCUACUUCGCCUUCACCAUUUAUGAAGUCGACUUCAACCUUCAGAAAUCCAGCAACGCAUACAACGACCUUGGUGUGCCUAUUGACGUUACUGAGAACACAUUGAAUUCCCGCUUCCGAAGACUCGCGCUGAAAUACCAUCCCGAUAAAGUAGCGCCGAAGAAUAGGGAUCGGGCAAAUGAGUUUAUGUCGCAUUUAACGGCUGCGAAAGAUGUUAUAUUGGAUCCGGCCAAGAGGUGGGCCUACGAUCGAUUUGGACCGGAUGGGCUGAGGGCAUGUGCGAAGUGCGUUACGAUUAAGGAAUACACAGACAGCGCGCUGGUCGUAGCGAUGGGCACAUACGGAGCGCUCCUCCUCUUCCUUAUCGGCGCGAACGCCCUCGGAUUUCUCAAGGAUGGCGCGUACUGGCGGUACCUGGCUAUACUGGCUGUGGCCGCAUAUGAUUUUCGCACAGCAAUGCGCCCGGACCAUCCUCUAUUCAUCACCAAGUGGUUGAAUCCGCUAAUGACGGGGUUGAAGCUUCGCCCAGCAUACCUGCCAUUCCAGGUCACAAUCAUCGUGAAAAAAGCGAGCAUUUCCGCAGCGCAGUUUCUCGGUCUCCUCGUCCCUUUAUACCGCGACGACCCACAAAAAUCUGCAAAGGUCACGGACGACUCAGAGGAAUCGAGGCACAAGCAGCUUGACCGGCUGGAUGCUGUAGUACAAGCUGGGAACCAGGAUGUCACGAGGAUCUUGGAGCUGGAGUCUACGAUAUUUAAAGAGAAUGAGAGGGCGAAGGGGGCGCUGAGAGAGGCGAUGAAGACGUACAUGGUGCAGAAUGUGAUUCACCAGGAGCCAGAGGUGAGGAAUGCGAUUGGGCAGAGGAUAGGGAGACGGAGAGCUGGGGCGCCGCAUGGAGCGCAGGGGACAAAGUGA